UACACCCCGUGCGUGUGCUUCUGGAGUUCCAACAUGGCCGCCGAGCAACCCGCGACGACGCGCGAGAGGAAGAAAUGGAAAAUUGAUGAUGACGAGGCCAAAGCGAGCAUCAGCCAGAAAAGUGAGCAGGAUACAUGGACCAACCUGGCAGUUCCUUUCCGGGGUCACAUCACGGAUGGGUUGCACCCAGGACGGAAGGUGAUCAUCGUGGGCGUCGUGGACUCCAAUCCUGACAAGUUCUACGUGGCCUUGACGUGCGGGCGGUGUACGCGGGACGGGGAGCCCCCGCAAGACGUCGCCCUGGAGAUCUGUGCGCGCUUCGGAGGGGGGCAGCGCCAAGUGCUGCGUCGGGCCUGCGUGGCCGGCGCGUGGACCCGCCCCGACAGCGCCAUCCCCUUCUUUCCUUUCAUCCGGGGGCAACCUUUCAAGAUGGAAGUGCAGUGUGAGUCGGGACGCUUUCGGGUUUUCGUGGACGGGCAGAAGCUUUUUGACUUCCAGCACCGGGUGGCAACGCUCCACCUGGUGGACACGUUGUGGAUCAAAGGCAGCGUCGCCAUCACCAAGCUGGGUUGAAGGCGGCGGCGCCACUGAGGGAGGACAUUGAAACUGCGACUUUGGCCAUCUGAUUGGGUACACCGCCGUUCACGCUGUCGUUCUGUGACCGUGUUCAUUUCUUGAAUCGUCUUUCCCCAUUAAAAUGGAUGUAAAUUCCAUUAAUCUGUUUUGGCCUCCCCAAGAAAAGACUAAUGCCAUGUUAAAAAUAGCUCUCUUCAAUAUACUUUUUCAAACCAUGCAGUAAUGAUGAUAUCAUUAGAUAAAAUGUCAAUAUUUAUACUGUCACACCUUUUGCUUUAAGUCAGAGGACAUUGUGCUGCUACUUCCGGUGGGAGCACCUUGGCUACCGGGUAAUGCAGACGUUCGACAGACGUAGACUCCCCUCAUUCCUCUGUAGACCCGAGUAAUAUUUUGCAUUCUUUGCAGAGGACAAAUAUACGCUUUUGAGUAGUCUAUAUCUCACUACAUUUGCUGCUUGAAGAAUUAUUAUGUAUUUUAUUUUUAUUAUGCAUUAUAUCAGCUUCUGUGCGUCCACUAUUUGUUAGCCUGUCUGUGGCAUUUCCAUUUAUUUGCCAGGCCAUCUGAUAGUUUUUUUUCGUUGUCUUUGUUUACACAGUGCUCUUAUCUCAAGGUUUUGCUAACAAGUCAAAGUGAAAACUUGUGAGUCAGGUCAGUCGUACUUCUAAGCACUACCGUACAACACUUGGGUUUAAAUAGUAUGAAAGCGAGGAUCACACCCCCCCGUAUGGUGUCGACAUGUGCCCUGGUACUGACCGCCGACCAGUUCGGAGUGUGGUUCUCUCACACAACGUUAGCUGGGUUAGGCCCCGGCGCUCCCGUGAUAAAUGUGAGGAUAGGCGGCUUGGGAGAUGCCAUCCAUCCAUCCAUUUUCUUUGCCGCUCAUCCUCACAAGUGUCGCGGGGAGUUCUGGAGCCUAUCCCAGGUGUCAACGGGCAGGAGGCGGGGUACAUCCUGCACUGGUUGCCAGCCAAUCAUAGGGCGCAUCGAGACAAACAGACGCCCUCACAAUCACACCUCGGGGCAAUUUAGAGUGUCCAAUUAUUGUUGCAUAUUUUUGGGAUGUGGGAGGAAACCGGAGUGCCUGGAGGAAACCCACACAGGCAUGGGGAGCACAUACAAAUUCCACACAGGUGGUUCUGGGAUUGAACCCGGGACCUCAGAACUGUGAGGCCAACGCUUCCCAGCUGCUCCACCGUGCCGCCGGCAUGGGAAUGGACAUGGACUAUUUUAAAUAUUUUCUUGACUUGAAAACAAUCACAUGCUUUUUUGUGAAUAUUUUCAAUCAUGCAAUUUACAACAUUACCACCUUUUGUUUUUUUUUUUCAUUGAUGAAAGAUAUGACUAUAGUUGUCAUGUACAGUAUUGUUUUUUUUUUCUUCAUGCUAUUGUUUCUGACCAAUCAAUAUUCAUGCUGCUACAUUGUAAUUUUAUAUAAGAUUUAUGUAAAACAUGUUCAUGGAAUAAAUGCUUA